AACCCUAUCCUCAGUCCUGCGCCUCUCUCUCUUUUGUUCCUAGUUGCCUCCAGUGGAGAGCAGGGCUGCCAGUCCAGUGCCUACAGUGUUAUUACUCUGUUAUGAUGUCAGAACAUCUCAGAGUGUCAACUUUAAAUACUGGCUGAUGAGUGGCUGAAGGAUGACGUGGUGCUGUAUGUGUUCGACUGAUGUGGCCCCGCCAUCUUUGACUUUUCCCAUUUCAGAAUAUGCCCUUUGUGUUUUUACAUUUCUUUUUUCUCCUGGAUUUUGCUCAGUGUUCAUGUCUGACACUGGCAGAUGGUGCUGAACAAAAAUACAGUUCUGAUUAACUGAGCCUCGAUCCAUUUCCAUUGGAAUGGAGGAGCGGGCGGAUGAGGGGAUUGGUGUUUUUUAUUUUCCUGGGGUCAGCAACUAGGCUAUAGCACGGUAAAGUAACCUGCCCUAAAGAGAGAGAGAGAAAAAAAAAAGUGUGCCGGAGACGAGAUCUGAACUGAGAACAUCCAAUUAAUCCUUCCCAAAAAGGGUGAGAACAGCCUAACUCUAUCCGACAUUUAAAAAAAAAAAAUGGAUUUUUUUUCCUGGGGGUCAUUAAAAUCAUUUGAUAUCGUGUUAUUAUUUCUGGCAGAAAAAAUCCUACAUGUGCUAAAAUCGAAAUGGAAGAGUGCGCAUAGUGAAGAACAAAACGCUUUUACGAGCUGGGUUCUUAUUUCGGUUCCAAGCAUGCAGUGGCGACAACAAAACGCUAAAUAUGUUGCAUCUCAACUGACAGGUAGUGUUUGUCAAUUGUAAUGCUAAAGACCCACCGAUCGUCACUGGUGUAUAGGCCAUGCAGCCUGCACGGUGGGCAGUGACGAUCGAGCUGAGGAAUUCGCCGAGGCCACAUCGCGACCUUGUAAACAUUGUAAACAUUGCCACGUCGUAUCUGCGAAGACUGUUGAUUGGGUUCACACCGGAUAUUGCCGUCCGUUUGUGUGCCAACAGUUUGUGUGCGUUUUCUCAAUGGGUAAAGUGUCAAAAUCAAAAACUCUUUUAUAACCAAAACAAGUGCACCGCUAGAAAUCACGUGACUGCUGAUAUGCCCUUUGACCUAUAGUGAUCGUGACAGUGGAGUGUUUCAUGCAGCUUACAAAGAGGCAACAGUUCGCCUACUGAAAACAUUGACUGUAAGAUUUGGGACAAAGUGAAACACUCUCGCAUAGACAUUUAACGGCAACAUGGCUGGCGCUUUCUCGGAGACACUGCGGAACCUUCUUGACAAAUAUUACACCGCAUGCUGCAGAUGUCACACAAGAGACGACGAUGUUCGUAUUUUGCCAUGUCUGCACGUUUUCUGCACGAAAUGUCUGCAAAGCAUAAUAGCAACACCGCCACAGCUGACGAAAUACAAAAGAAGUAGACGCUUUACCUGCCCAUCAUGCCAAUGGCCGCAGUAUCUACACUCUGAUGGUAUUGAAGGAUAUCCAGCUGCACAUCCAUUACUUCCCACUAUUAGUAGUGAGAAGGCAGAGUGCCCUUUUCCUGAUUUGAGCAUGGAAACCUAUCAUGAAGUAUCGGGAAACUUGAUUCUUGACCACUGUAUUGGUGGACAUGGGGUAGAGGAUGGCUGCUUUACCAACAUCACAGGCAUGUCUGUUGAUGAGAGUGUAGCUUCCUGUCCACGGGUUGUAGUUAGUGAUGCAAGUCAGCAAAAGAUAACUGUUUAUGAGGUGGAUGGAAAAUUUUGCAUGACUUUGAAGCUUGAGGAAUCCAUCAGGGAUGUCUGCGUUGAUAAAAAUGGGGAUAUCUUUAUUAUUGUAGUAGAGAAGGACUAUCUCAUUGUGCAUUUUGAUCGAGAGGGGAAUCGCAAGGAGAAUAAGCUGCAUACAAUUGGCCCACAGUUUACGAUUAUUCACCAAGAACCAUUUGGUCUAUGCAUAGAUGAACGGGGCCAUUUUAUAGCAUCCUUUCUCAUGACCGAUAGUGUCUGCAGAUUUGAUGAAGAGUGUUCCCAUGUCUCUGCAAUUGGCAACACAGGAAAGGGUAUCAUUAAAUUUAAUGGUCCAUACUACUUAGCCAGAACCUCUAGAGAUUACACAGUUGUUUCAGAUACCUGCAACCAUCGUGUAAAAAUUCACAACCAGAACAAUGGGCUACCACAGCUGCAGCUUGGCAGCACCAACUGUGAGCCUGGGCUAUCACCUGGGGGGUUUUUUCUUUCCCAGAGGACUGUGUGUGGACAAAGAUGACAACAUUUAUGUUGCUGAUACAGGCAACUAUAGGGUGCAGAAGUUUGAUGAGUAUGGGAAUGUUUUAGGUUGCCCAGUAGAAGAAACUUGGCGAUAUGGUGAAAAUGUGAAACCCACAAAUGUUUUUGCCUUGCGGGAUGGCAGACUGCUGGUGGCCAUGCAAGGUCACAAAUACUGUAAAGUGCAUGUAUAUUGCAAACUGCUUCCACAGAUGGAAGUCAAAUCUUCCCUGUGUCUCAGUCUUUUUGAAUGUUGUCAGUGCUGUACACAUAAAGGCUAUGAACAAAUAAACUAAACAUUGGAUUCAGUCCCAGAAAGUCUGUUUGAUCUGUGAUAAUAUUGGUUUGGUUUUUACCACACCAUCUAUAUCUACACACAUUUAUGAGAUACCACAGAAAUCGAUAUAUUUUUCUUCUUUUUCAUAAACCCAGUUUUGGAUCUGCUAAUAUGAUACAUAUGUUGCUAACUAUUGCUUUGGUUUUCAGCAAAGUAGGUACAUGCUUACCUGAACAAUCUUGACAUUUUCAAAACACGCGCCAAAAUAAAAUGAAGAUAAUUUUUCUCUCAAAUUUGUUGGUUUUUUUUUUUUUGUUUUUUUUAACUUUUGUACAGAUUUAAAUCAUUUUUGCCAGUACUGCAUAAAGGACACAGAUAGAAAGACUGAUGAUAAAUAUGUUUAUGUUUCUUGCUAUAAUGAUAUAUAUAGUCAGCACUGUUUUUUCAAGUGUUUCUGCCACCAGUGAAAAAUUGUCACCCUUUCCAUGUUAACUAAUCAAUGGUUAGCAAGGGUGUCCACAUUUGUUUCGGUGUCUGAAAAAUAUCACUCUGUCCUACUAGUGAAAAUAUAAAAAAAUGUUGAAAUGAACUUAUUUUCAUAAUGAAACGCUAUUCCAGUAAUUUUUAUUUUUUGUAAUGGGCACUCUAGCAUGCUGUGACUUUUCUGUAUUAUUCUGAUUUUGUUACUGUAUCAACUGUGUUUUGGCUGUAUAGUAAAUAAUACAUGAUAACUUGCUUUGAUGUAUGCUGAGAGAAGCUUGCUUUUGGGAAACUGUCAUACUACAUUAGGUAUAUGAUCAUUUUCUGUCACUAGUGAUCACACGUAGAUGAUAUAAGUAGCCUGGAGAUUUUACACUGCCAAGGCUGCAGAAACAUGAGUAAGCUAAACUUUAAUAAAAAUUGUAUACAAUUUUUUUUCCUAUCAUUGGUUGUUCUAAAGUGCACAAAUUUUUGUAAACGUUUAGGCCUAAAGCAUUUUCCACAAAUAUAACAGUAUGUAAAGUGCAGGCUUCAUUUUGUUUUUCUCUACAGAGGUGGUGAUCAGGCAUAAAAAUCUCUUAUCAUGUUUAUAAAGCUGUGGACAUUGUUGGUGACACCACUAUCUUGAUGCUGUCUUCAGGCUCCAGUAACACUUGUCAUCAGAUAGAAGCAUCUGUUUGAUAAAAUGUCAGGUAAACAUGUCAAGGACAUGCACUAAUCAGCAAGCAUGGACAAAAACAAUUUAUUAUUUACUUUUUGUAAAGUGGCAACAUUUGAUCAUGUAGGGAUUUUUGCUUUUGCUUUCAGCAUUACUUAUUAGUAUUUUUGUGUAUUCCUAUAUAUUUUUUGUGAGCACAGUUUUACAUGCUCCUCUCCACAGUUUCAAAACUUCUUCCACAAACAUUUCAGGAGAAACAGUUUCAGAAUGCACAUUUUCUAAUUGUUUUCAUUAUACAAGAUGUUAAAGAGUGAAUUCAGAAUUGACAUUAACCAAUUAACAUGUGCUUUUAUUUCUCUUCAUCGACUUAACAAAAGUCUGUCCAUGUGCUACAAAGUCGUUUUGGAUCUAAGAUGAGAAUGCCAAUGUUUAAAGGCUGACAUCUGAUGAACCAAAGAUUAUUACUUUUUGAAAGUUUUGAAAUUCGUGCCAUUCAAAGAAAUGAAUUCAUUCAUUGAGAAAAAAUUCUACCAUUAAGGAGAGUGUAUAAAGAGUAAGAAUGUUUUUCUCCCUAAUUUAUGGAAAAGUAAUCAAUUUUUGAAGCCCUUGUUUUGCAAGCCCUACUUUUUAUGCGUAGUAUGGGCAUGUAUCACACAAUGAAAAACCUUUAAUUUUUUAUUUUAUGUUUGCAUGUGCAGAUGUGUGUAUUCAUGAUAUAGAAAGAGAGAGAGAGAGAAAAAUGUAAAAAAGAAAGAAAAACUUGUUUUAUUUUAUCACCUGUCUCCACUACAUACUGGUACACAUUGAUUACAAUUUUUGCAUCUGAAGUGCUCAAAAUUUAAAAUGUUUAUAUUUGCGAUACAGUUUUCUCAAUAUAUCCACUAAGAGUCUGAAGUGUGCUUAGGGUGCAUGAAAAGAGUGUAUUUAUUUUGUAGUCCUUUACAUAAGAUCUGUCAUUUGGGACAUUUCCCUGUAUGUGUAAUCUGCUACUGAUAGGCCUCAUAGUCAUCUUAACCAAUCUUGGUUUUGUACAUAAGAAUAAACAGGCAUCAUUAAAUAUUCAGUAACAUUUAAUAAGCAAGAAAGAUGCUUAUUGCAAAAUAAACCUUGGGAGAAAUUAUAUGUAUUAGAGAAGCCAUAAAAUCAUGCUUUACAAAGAUUGUCAAAGGCUAUAGUAAAUCGGGACAUGUCUGAGGUCUAUAAAACUCAAAAACUGGGUGAAGCAUAUUAUAAUUAUAUAAAAUAUUUUGCUCUACAUUGACAAAAUUAUCUACAUAAUUUAAAUUAAUGACAUAAUUUUCUGUGAAAUACAUUUUAUACAUUGUAUGUUUGACAACAUUUUUAAAAAAAAAGCAGUAAAGAAGACCUACAAACAAGUGUCAGUGCUGUGAGCCCAAAUUAUGACUGGGACCAAUGAGUUAAGAAGCGGAGCAUGGAUAUUAUUUAUAUAGGUAUUUAUAUUUAUAUUCCUUGCUGUGCCUACUGUUUCAUGUCAUAAAACGUUUGAAGUCUCUACAGCUUUUAACCCUUUUUCUCUGCAUUAAUAUCUGUUGAUGAAGAGGACAGUUAUGAAAGAUAUCUGCAAUGUUGAUGUAAAUGCUGCCAUUCCACAGCAUAGCAUUUCUAAAGCAUUACUUUACUACCUGAAAGGCACCAUCAACAUCUUUUUUUCUGCUAGUAAUGACCAGUACCAUUACAGUUUAUUUCCAUAAUUUAUCUUGGAAAAGUACCAAAAAGUUAUCUUUUUUGUUGUUCAUGGACCAAACAUAUUGCAUGGCACAUUUAAUGCUGUGUGGCAGUAUAAAGUGAAUGAUGAUUGUAAUAGUUUAAUGUGGCAGGGGCUGUCCAGGAACAAACUGAAUGUGUUUUUUUAUAUUCCACUAGGUUGAAUGGUCUAUUGAAAUCUUUUAUCACAAGAAAAUGUUGAAUUGAAAAAACUGAAGAUGUGUAUAUUUAGAUUGAAAAGUAAUGUUGUCUUCCUUCAGUACAGAAAAUGCUGGCUUUUUGUGCUACUUUUUUUUCUAUUUUUUUUUUUUCUAUUUUACUUUUGGACCAAAGUUAACUUGUGUAUGCUCAGAUCAGAACAUUUCAUUUUUUGUAUUUUGUAAUGACUAAUAUCAGAAUAUCUUGCCUGUCUUAUUAUAUGUAGCACUGGAAUCUUUUUAUUUUUUGCCUUAAAUUUUUGAAAAGUAAACAUGCUUCAGACCAGUGUAACCAGCCUAUGACAUCUAGAGCAGAAGAAUAUUCCUACUAAAUUUGACAAAGUUUAGACAGACAGUGUUGGUUUUAAUGGAAUUUUACCUAGAUUGAUAAGCAAUGCCUGCCUGCUGCACGCUGUUGUCUGUAUAAGAUGAAGUUAAAAUUAGGCAGAAUACAAAGCUGAAGAGAUUCCAAAAUUCCUUAUAAACUUUUGUAUUCACUAUCAUGUGCACAUAAUAGGUUGUAAAGAAAUUAAAAUCCAUGUACAAAAAUUGUGCAGUUUAGUUUGAAAUAUGUUUUGCUUCUUUAAUGAUUUGCUUAUAAACGUUCUGCUAAAGGUACUUUUGUGGCUGCUAAAGAUAACUAAUGUAAAUAUUUAUUUUAUGUAGCAGAUUUUUGAAAGGCAAGAUGUUCUUAUCCUUAUGACAAAAGAAUGGCAAGAAUGUAGAGUACAACAAUUUGGGAAGUGGACAAUUUUGAAUAAACAUUUUUGUGCCUUUUUGACUAUUUGGAUAGUGAAAUAAAAUGUAUUGCAUGUUUUUUUUUCAGAAGAAUUUAUUUUGCAUGUACCCUACAAUAUCUUAAGAACACCAUUUCGUCACUAUUUUUUUAAAAUUGGAGUGUAGAUAAGAUAGAGGCGAAAGUAGAUGCAACAUCAAGGAGGACUGUGUACAAUUGUUAAUAUUGAAUUUUUUUUUUUGAUCUUGGGACAGACUCCAGAUCCUCAUGAAUGGCUUACAAUGGGCAGAUGUGCAUUACAUUUUUCAACCUUGAGUUAUACUUUCUGUGUUAACUCUUUUUUACCUUUUUUUUGUGUUACAAUUUCUGUGUUAAUUGUUUUUUCCUUUUUUUAUAUCUUACCUACAGUAUGUUUUAAAUAUUUGUGUGUGGUUGUUAAAAUCGAAUAUGCUUCCAUGAGAUGACUAAUUAAGUAAUAGUUAUGGAUGUGUCUUUUUUCCCUUUAUGCUUGAAUAUCUCUUUUGACGUAUUGACUUGGCAAUACAACUGCUAUUUUUGGAUGCUGUUGUCAAUACGUUACUAGUCUGAGAGGUCUCUCAAGGACAACAAUUGAAUACUCACACAUUGCUUUUUGUUGGCAUAAAAAAGUAUAGCUCAAAGAAACAUUUCUUUCCCUUUCAAAAAUAAUUUUAAGAUAAUUUGAGAGCUUUAUGUAUAGCAAGGUAAUGUACUGUUCCAAACAUUCCUUAAACAUCUUUAUAAAGUUAUUUUCAUUUUUAUUAUACAGGAAACUGUUAAAGAAAAUUAUUAUUUCUUAACUUCUUAUUAAAUAAAGUUUAUUGUA